AUGCGGGAGCCUCGCGGCGAGGCGCCGCAGCCACAGGGGGCUGCCUCCGGGCCCGGCGCCACGGGCACGGUGGACCCCGGCGACGUGCCGGCCGUCGUGGAGGUUUACUCCAACUCGGCGCGCGCGUGGUUCGUCGCCCUGGUCCUGAACGACACGGACGGCGUGCUGACGCUCCGCUUCAUCGAUGGCGAGGGCGUGCGGCAGGAGAAGAGGGCCUACUGCGAGGACCCACGCGUUGCGCUGCUGGGUACGCACAUGCAGGGCUUCUUGCCCCCCGGGAUCAUCGCACUGCCCUCCAGUACGCGGCCUGGGCAGCUUUCCUACCUGGACCCCGGGGCGCAGCAGAAGUACGGGGCGCCGGCGCUGGCUUGGCAGGCAUGGCUGGAAAGGCACCUGCUCGACGGCUCCGCCGCCGCGGCGGAUGCCGUCGCCGGCGGCUUCGGCACCCCUGUGCGCCCGGCGCCGCGGCCGCAGCCGGCGUCGCCGCUGGGCAGCGAGUCGGGCGGCUCGCGGGGGGCGCGGCCCCAGUGUGUCCCUCCGCUGCCCUGGGCCGCGGAGGCGGAGGAUGCCGCGGCGGCCCCGGCACGCCGAGAGGCCGCCACUGGCCCCUCCAGCCCGCCGAUCCCGCGGUCGUGGAAGCGCCACGAGGUCCCCGGAGGUCCCCCGCUGGAAGCAGACUCGCGGGAGUUGCAGACGUCGUUCGUGUACCGUCUUCCUGGGGACGAGGAGCCGUUGCUGCGGGUGGUCGUGGAGGGCGUGCCGACGGCCAUCGGCGACGAGGGCGGCAGCCAGACGGCCUCGACCUUUGCGUUCGAGCUGGACCCUGCCUCCGGCGACGGACUCGGCACCACUGCCUACGAGGAGCUGGCCGGCACGUCCUACCUGUACGAGGCGUCCGCGCCGGCGCCUCCGUCGGCCGAGUGA